UUCCAGGUUACUACAUCCGAAGGAAUCUUGAUGGCUUCAUCGAGCAUAGUACAUGUGCAAACAAUACAGCUAGUGAACAUUACAUGGUUGAACGGUUGAUUAUCGAUGAUCUGUUGCACUGGGCUACAAAUUACAAGGUUGAUGGAUUUCGUUUUGACCUCAUGGGUCAUAUAAUGAAGCGUACAAUGGUAAAGGCUAGAAGUAUGCUUCAAAAUUUAACGAAAGAAAAUGAUGGAGUAGAAGGCUCUAGCAUCUACAUAUAUGGUGAAGGAUGGAACUUUGGGGAAGUGGCUGAAAAUGGGCGUGGCGUAAAUGCAUCCCAAUUCAACAUUUGUGGAACUGGAAUUGGAAGCUUCAAUGACCGGAUUCGGGAUGCAGUGCUUGGUGGAUCUCCUUUUGGACCUCUACUUCAACAAGGUUUUGCAACAGGUUUGUCGGUUGAGCCCAACGAUCAUGACCAUGGAAGCAAAUCUACAGUGAAACAUAUGCUUGCUGUAUCUAAGGAUCACAUUCAGGUUGGGAUGGCUGCUAACCUGAAGGAUUAUGUUCUUACCAACCAUGAGGGACAGGAGGUUAAAGGAUGUGAAGUUUCAAUGCAUGAUGGUGUACCUGUUGCAUAUGCUUCAUCCCCCAUAGAAACAGUUAAUUAUGUCUCUGCUCAUGAUAAUGAGACGUUGUUCGACAUUGUCAGUUUGAAGACUCCCGUAAACAUCUCUUUGGAUGCAAGAUGUAGGAUGAACCAUUUGGCAACCAGCAUCGUAGCACUUUCCCAGGGAAUACCUUUCUUUCAUGCUGGCGAUGAAAUUCUGCGUUCAAAAUCAUUAGAUCGUGACUCAUAUAAUUCAGGCGAUUGGUUCAACAGGUUAGAUUUCAGCUACAACUCUAAUAACUGGGGUGUUGGCCUUCCUCCAAAAGAAAAGAACGAGCGAAAUUGGCCACUAAUGAAAAUCAGACUGGCAGAUCCAGCAUUCAAGCCUCAAAGAAAUCACAUCAUUGCAGCGCUUGACAACUUUUGUAGCCUUAUUAAAAUCAGAUACUCUUCCCCACUUUUCCGUCUGCACACAGCAAAUGCAAUCCAGAAAAGAGUACGAUUUCAUAACACGGGUUCAUCAUCAAUCCCCGGUGUGAUUGUCAUGAGCCUCGAGGAUGGCCACGCGGGAGUUCCUGGACUUUCUCAAUUAGAUCCCAUCUACUCAUACAUCGUUGUUCUAAUCAACGCGUGCCCUACGGAUGUCACGUUUACCAGCCCAUCUCUAAGGGGAAAAGCUCUACAACUACACCCAGUACAGGUGGAUUCAAGUGAUCAUGUUGUCAAUGAGUCGACAUAUGACUCGCCCUCCGGAUCUUUCAGAAUACCCCUUCGGACGACUGCCGUUUUCGUCGAACGUCGAGCGACCUGAGAGACCAGACACUACAUGUCAAGAGGCUCACAGUGUUAUCAAAUCCAAUGCUUGGUUUUGUAUGUACCUCAAAGAUGCCUCUAAAUUUGCAUUGAUGAUUCAUGUGUUGUAGACAUUUCUAACUUUCUUUUUUCAUCUGUAUGUGAAAUAGGAGGUUUUUUGGAACAUGGAUUCGACCUCAUCAAUAUUGGAUCAAACUGGUUCAGUCAAUAUUUUAAUAAUAAUUACCAAAA